GCGGGCGCGAAGGGGCGGGGCAGCUGGAUGGGGAGCGGAGCGGCACGGUAGUGGCGGCGGCGCGGGGCCAGGUUUUCAGGAUGAAUCUGGAAAAACUCAGCAAACCAGAACUACUGACACUGUUUAGCAUUCUUGAGGGAGAAUUGGAAGCAAGAGAUCUUGUCAUAGAAGCCUUAAAGGCCCAGCAUAGAGACACGUUCAUUGAAGAACGCUAUGGGAAGUACAACAUCAGUGAUCCAUUAAUGGCUUUGCAGAGAGAUUUUGAGACUCUGAAAGAGGGAAAUCAUGGGGAAAAGCAACCAGUAUGCUCCAAUCCCUUAUCUAUUUUGAAAGUGGUGAUGAAACAUUGCAAGAAUAUGCAGGAAAGAAUGUUAUCCCAACUAGCUGCUGCAGAAAGCAGGCACAGAAAGGUGAUCCUGGACCUGGAGGAGGAGCGGCAGCGCCACGCCCAGGACACCGCGGAGGGGGAUGAUGUCACCUACAUGCUGGAGAAGGAGCGGGAGCGGCUCACCCAGCAGCUGGAGUUUGAAAAAUCCCAGGUGAAGAAGUUUGAGAAAGAACAGAAGAAGCUGUCAAGCCAGUUGGAGGAGGAGAGGGCACGCCACAAGCAACUGUCUUCCAUGCUUGUAGUGGAGUGCAAGAAAGCCACUGCCAAAGCAGCUGAAGAGGGGCAGAAGACAGCAGAAUUGAGCUUGAAGCUGGAAAAAGAGAAGAGUAAGGUGAGUAAACUGGAAGAGGAACUGGCGUCGAAGAGGAAGCGGGGUUUACAGAUGGAAGCACAAGUAGAAAAGCAGCUCUCCGAGUUUGACAUUGAAAGAGAACAGCUGAAAGCCAAACUGAACAGAGAAGAAAACCGUACAAAAGCACUCAAGGAAGAGGUGGAAUGUCUGAAGAAAGCCCUGAAAGAGCUGCAGGUUUCUUGCCAGGAGCACAAUCCUACCCAGCCUUUGCAGCCCAGCCCCUCGGUGGUGUCCAGAGGGGUUGCAACUGACAGCCCCCUGGUGAAGUCUGUGUCUUGCCAGACAGAAUAUGUGCAGGCAGACCGAGCAAAUCCUGCCAGCACAAGCAAAGCUGUGCACACCACAUCUCCCAGCCCUACUACACCUACUCAUGCCUAUGCAAAAUCCAAUGGUCAUUGUGAUACAGAUAUGCAGACAGGUAGUGAGCUACUGCAGACAAAUGCACCAGAGAGCCAAGUUCAGAAGGAGAAACCUGCUGGUGCAGCCUCAGAAAACACAGCUGAGAAUGGAAAUUCUCCUGUAAGAACAGAGUCACCGGUACAUCUGAUGUCCCAGUUCCCUUCUGGUGGGGUUACGCUGUCUCCCAGCAGCACAGCUGCCUCCUCUCUUACACCUUCUCCCUGUUCCUCCCCAGUCUUGACUAAACGCUUAGUGGGAGCUUCAGCAAGCAGCCCUGGUUACCAGUCAUCCUACCAGGUGGGGAUCAAUCAGCGUUUCCAUGCAGCUCGGCACAAGUUUCAGUCUCAAGCUGAACAGGACCAUCAGUCCAGUGGUCUGCAGAGCCCACCAUCACGGGAUCUGUCUCCUACUCUAGCAGAUAACUCUGCUGCCAAGCAGUUGGCCCGCAAUACAGUCACUCAGGUCCUUUCCAGGUUUACCAGCCAGCAGGGACCUAUUAAACCUGUCUCCCCUAACAGCUCACCUUUUGGCACAGACUAUCGAAACCUGGCAAAUGCUGUGAGCCCCAAAAAUGAAUCUGGUCACUCUCAAAGCCCUGGCAAGGUUUCCAGCCCACUAAGCCCAUUGUCUCCUGGAAUUAAGUCGCCGACCAUUCCUAGAGCGGAAAGAGGGAACCCUCCUCCCAUUCCCCCAAAGAAACCUGGCCUCGCUCAGUCACCUGCUGCUCCUGCUCCUCUAACCAAAACCUCUUCCCAAGCAUCCUCACUGGGUGCCUCCAUGGACGUGGCAAGUAGCUGCUCUAACAACACUGUAGUGUCAAAUGGCAAAGACAUUGAGAUACUCCUGCCAACUAGCAGCUAGUCUCCAGCAAAUGUGAAUGUGACAUUCCAUGGCUUAGCAUCCUAGAGCUAAGACACUGGUUUUCCACUCCAUGUUAUUUAUUUCCAUAGUAGCAGAUUCUGUCUGUAUAAAGCAUUUAGUGUAUUUUUUUUCUUUUUUGAAUAGGUAGGAAAAUAUUUUUGUUUAUGAAGAAACCUUAACCACAGCUAUACAGUAGCCUCAGAAUGUCUCCUGGCAACAGUCAAAUACAAAGAAGAACCACAGUUGUGUGGUGGGACCUAACUAUCAACCUCUAAUGGGACUGAAAUGCUACUUUAAAUUAUGCAGAAUUAACUUUUGCAGACUUUUUACUCCAGAUAAACAUUAUCUAAAAAGUGCCUGAUCUAAGCCUGCAAUAUGAAUGUGAUUCUCCAAGGAACGUGAGGAGGGGGGGGACCAUCCAGCUGCAGAAACUAACGCUUCUGUGAGUCCUGAAUGUUGAAACCAACACUGUUUUUCUUUUGAAUUCUUUCCAUUUGCUAAAAGAAGUUAGCAAAUGUGCUACGAAUCCUGCAAGGUGAGCACCAGGCUGACACAGCCAACCGUUCUUUGUCCUUUGGGACACAGCUAUUUGAGGAAGCACACACAAGUCUCUUAGGGUAAAAUUUAGCUUAAUACAACACAGAUUACUUUUCUCUCAGUAUCCAUUGUUCAUGUAGGUCUUUUUGCUUUCCCAUAACACAUUCUGCAGAGAUGCUUGUGUGCUUUAACUGGCUAAACUCUGGUUUCUGGUGUGUCACCUUGAAUUUUCAAGCUCUUCAAGCAUUCUACUGUUGUGUGUAGAACUUCUGAGAAAAGGAUCUUGCUAUUACUUGACAAAGAUCUCGCUAUUACUUGAAAAAGGAAUCACUAGUCCAUAUGAUACAGGUGUUUUUGCAACAGUAACAUGGGAUCUUCUCUUAGAAACAAAAGCAAUAACGUUCCUCAUCUCUGUCAUUUGUGUCUGGCUGACCUGGAUUUUACCCAGUCAAGGUUUUUGGGAUCUUGCUGGCUUGCUUAGGCUGCAGAUAUGGACCCAAAACAUUACUGCUGUGUAACUGAGUAUGUAUAUACGUGUAAGUAGCUUCACACACAUACAUACUAAAUACAUGAUGUAUUAGGAAAAUCUUUAUUCUUGGUGUUCUGCCUAAUAGGAGAAAAAUGAGAUUAAGAAAAAUCACUUAGUGAGGAAUUGAUCUGUUGAGGCAAAUCAUGAAUGUGAGAAAUUAUUUGGGCCCAAGACAGGAGAAGCAGCUGAAUGCUGUGCAGGCACGUUUGCUGCCAGCAGUGCCGUGCUCCCUGCAGAGGUGCUGCCAUCGCUCAGCAGCACUGCACGCUUGCUUCUGUGAGUCACUGCAGGGAGGAACACGAGGCAGAUUCACCACAGAUCAGUGGCAGAGGCUGAGCACAACCCUGAGUUAAUCACCUCGGGUGUUGCAUGUGAACUGAUCCUAAAUUUAGCAGCUGGACUCGCUGCUCAGUGUCAUUCCAUGUUCAGCAUUUCCCUCUGCAGCAGCGUCACAAUGGCUUCCCUCUGCCACAGACACGCUCUCCUUGUCAUUUGUCAAUAUUUAAGCAGACAGAACACAUCCACCUUCACUGUGGGCCAGAUCCCUGUGGCAGCCAGGGGGAUGUGCUGCUGUACAUGGCCUGAUGAUGGGUUCCUUCUCAUUUUGAGUCUCGUUUCAUAUGAUGCCAGAGCUCUGCUGUCCGAGGUGACCCCGUUGUGCUCCCCCACACAGCUCCAGCAGGUUUUAGACUGAAACAAGAAGUUUGUACAGACCUUUUAGUAGCCUUUUAAAUUGUGGUAUUAUGUGCUGCUGUUCCUAAUCUGGGGGUAUGGGCUGUGCACUACCAAGACGGAGACAGGGCAGCCUGGAGAUCAAUGGGCAGUGACUCUUUUGGAAGCACAUUUAUUACUUUUGUAACUUUUUAAGUAUCCCCAGCAGAUUUUUCCUCUGGAUGAGAGUAAUUGUAAAAACUGGGCAGAUGGAUUUCUUUUGGCCCAUGUAUCAGAAGUGAGGCUUUUGUAUACACUGCUUUAACGUGUUUCUUUGCUUUUACAUUAAUCUAAAUGGUAUUAUCCUCUUUCUUUAUCAAUAGCUCUAUAGAGAGAGAUAUACUAUGAUGAAGUCUAUUAGGAAAUGCACUGAGUACCGUUUCUUCUAAACUAUAAUAUGGGAAGGGGGUGUUGCAAAAGAAUGUAUUUUUGCUAGUAGCCUAUCUUCUGAGAGAAACUAAGCACAAGAUAUUAAAAUGGAUCCAACUAAUACAGUAAGACAUUUAGAGUUAGUAUUUAACUGUUGAUGUAGAUUGUGUGGAAGCAAUUAAAUAUUUCUUCUAUAACUCACAUCUGUUAUAAGCAGACAUUGUUGCAAUUUGUCACUGGCUAAUGGAGUAUAAUGAAGUGCAAAAUGUAUACACUAAGUAUUAGUUCAUUAACACUUGUAAAUUUGUAAAGCCAAAUGUACCAAGCUGAAGUCUUUAAUCAUUUUUAUAGCUGAUGGCAUUAAACAUGUUAAACAUUCAUACUAUCAAUAAAGGAUUUUAUUUUUAAGA